CGUAGUUGUUCGCAAUGCAUGCCGGGUAGGUCAGCUUCUCCGAGGAGGGCGCCAUGUGCUCUUGAGGAUCAGCAGCUUGCGGAAAACAGCGACGAGGCCGCCUCGCGAAGAGCCAACACCGGGACUCGAAGACUCCGGAUCGCCGCCCAGCAUGUACUGCACCAGACGCUGCCUCCGAACGGCGCUGCGGGCCGCGACGAGCCUCCGCCGUCGAGCACUCGAGCAGCAGCAGCAGCCGGCGGCGGCGGCGUGGCGCUCGCUGCGACUCCUCCGGACGAGCGCCGCCGUGCGCUCGGACGCCCUCGUCGCGCCCCCGCUUGACGGCGCCCCCAAAGAGUACUCGCCGAAAAUCCAGCAGCUCGUCAGCGACAUCGCCAGCCUCACCUUGUUGGAAGUGUCUGACCUCAACGAGCUCCUGAAGAAAACGUUGAACAUUAAGGAUGUGGCCAUGAUGCCGAUGGGGAUGACGGCGGCGUCGGCUGCUCCCGGACCUCAGGCCUCGGAAGAGGAAGCGCCGGCGAAGAAAGAGAAGCUUCACUUCACCGUCAAGCUGACGGAGGUCAACGCGGCCGAGAAGGUCAAACUGAUCAAGGAGGUCAAGAACUGCAUCCAAGGCUUGAACCUGGUCCAGGCCAAGAAGCUGGUGGAGUCGCUUCCGCAGGAGAUCCGCGCCAACGUUUCCAAGGACGAGGCGGAGAAACUGAAAGCGGCGCUGGAGGCGGCGGGCGGCACCGUGGUCCUGGAGUAGACCCGGACCCAGCCGGUCCUGAUUUUCGUCCAUUUGAUGUUUUUCUUACGCGACAGACAAAAAGGAAAAUGGCCUCCCCUCAUCUCGAGUCUCUCUUCAGCGCCGGGCCGGAACAAGUCAGACUGAACUUUUUACAAAGAAACGCCCGACCCGACCGCCCCCCCGCUGGUUGUGCCGAGGGCGAGGUUGAGUUCUCGUUUACUGGAGGAAUUGUUGUCAUUAAAAGACGAAAUAUGA